AUGAAUUUCUUUAGAGAAUUAGUCUCAGGAUAAAAAGUUAGAUUUAUUAAUGGACAAUAUAAUUUGGAUCUAACUUAUAUUACUAAUCGAGUUAUUGCAAUGUCAUUUCCAGCUUCAGGAUUUGAGAGCACAUUUAGAAACAAUAUUGAUGAUGUUGUCAAAUUUUUAUAAGAACAUCAUGGUGAUAAAUACAUGUUGUAUAACUUGAGUAAUAGGAAAUACAAUUAUGAGAAAUUUGGAGAGAACAGAGUAAUUAGAGUGAUAUUAAUCUCAGAUUCUUGAAUUUGCAUGGGAAGAUCAUCAUUCACCUCCAAUCGAUAUGUUAUUUGAUGUUUGCAAAAAAGUGGAUUCAUUUUUGAAUGAAGAUAUUAACCAUGUGGCAAUUAUUCAUUGUUAAGCAGGAAAAGGAAGAACAGGAACAUUAAUAUGUUGUUACUUGUUAUAUAGUGGAAGAGCAAGUAAUCCAGAUGAAGCUAGACUCUAUUAUUCUAAAAAAAGAUUUAAUAAAGCUAAAUCAGGAGUGACCUAACCAUCUUAAAUUAGAUACAUAGAAUAUUUCAAUCAAAUCUUUAAAUCACCUAAUUAUUGUGCUUAAUUGAAAAAGUUAUCAGCAAUCACUUUAAUUGGGUAUAUAUGAUAUAUAUAUAUAGUCCAUCACCUAAAAUGUCAGGAAAUACAAGUAAACCAUAUGUAGAUAUCUACACAGUUAAGGAUAUGAGAAAGUAAUUUAUUAUUUUUUGUAGAAUGUAGAAUAUUUAGUGGUUUAUAGGAAGCAUAAGCGAAAAACUAUGAAUAUAAAGGAAGUGAAUUGGUUUUGUAAUUAAAUUUAGUGAUAUAUGGAGAUAUUCUGAUAAAGUUCUUUCAUAGUGGUAGUUUAAGAUAGAAAUUUAUGUUUAGACUAGCAUUCAAUACAUGCAUGAUUGAUGAAUCAAAGUAAAAAAAUAAUAUAGAUUAAUUUAGUCAGUUGUUAUUUUAUCUCUAGAAUUUAGAUCCAGAUUCAACAUUUAAGAACAAGAAGUUCAGCAAAGAUUUUUAAGUGAGAUUGUUAUUUUAAGAUGUUUGUGAAUAGUGUACUUAGAGACAAUAAUUCUAAUAGAAAUGUUAAAAUUGUCAAUAAGAAAUGUAAUCGGAGUACAAUUCAUGGAAUCUAGUGUACCAGAUAAUGAAUGUAUAUAGAUUAAAUAGAUUUGAUAGGAAUAUCCAAAGUAUAAAUUAAUGUAGAGUAAAAUUUUAUUAUUUGGGGAUCCUCAAGAUGAUGAUUUCCAUGAGACAAUAGUAAAAUUAUAAAAUGGAGAUCAGAUUGAGUCUGAUGAUGAUUCAGAGAAUGAUUAGGAUAGUGAUGGAGAAUAAAAAUAAUAGCAAUAUUGAUUAAUUAAUAUUAAUAAAAAC